GGUCAACGCACUAAAAAAGUAUCUUUUGUGAGGUUAAGUGUUAAAAUGGUAAAAUCAAACUUUUGUAAAAAAAUAUAAUAAUUAUACUUUUAUUGAAAAAUGGAAAAGCAUUCUCAUAAGAAAGAUUAUGAAAGAUUUAAAAAGGAUGAUAGAGAUCGGCAUAAAUAUAAAGACAGAAUUUCACGUAGGAAUAGUGACAGUGAUUAUGAUAGCCGUUCUAAAAGAUCAAAAUCAAGGCAUAAACAUUCGAAAAGUUCAGGUCAAAAAUAUAAAAAAUCUGAACGUAGAGAUUUCCUUGAAUCGCGUGAAUCUCAUAAAAAAUCUUCGAAACAUAAAAGCAGAAGAAGGUCAUCAUCUUCAUCAUCGUCAACAAGUCAAAGUGAUUCUAGCAAUUCAUCUUCAUCCAAUUCUUCGUCAGAUUCUACAAAGCUCUUAGAAAAGCUUCAAAAACAACGUCAAAAACAAAUCGAGGACAGAAAGCGUCAAAAAGAAUUGAUGAAAGCUACAGAAACACCAGAAGAAAAGAGAUUACGUCGUUUAAAAAAGAAAGAAGCUAAAGAACGUAAAAGAAAAGAGAGAAUGGGCUGGGACAAUGACUAUUUACAUUAUACAAAUACGGAUAAUCCAUUUGGUGAUGGAAAUUUACUUUCCACAUUUGUAUGGUCUAAAAAACUUGAGAAAGAAGGCUUGCUUGGCGUAAGCAGGGAAGAAUUAGAAAUUAGAAAUAGGCACAAACAAGAAGAAAAUAAAAGAGAAUUAGAAAAAGUUAAGAAAAGAAGGCAAGAGAGAGAAUUAGAAAGGCAACAAAGAGAAGAGGAAAUGACAAUGCUACAAAGAGGAAAAGAAGCUGCUCAAUUGGAACAAUGGGCAAGACAAGAAGACCAAUUUCAUUUAGAGCAAGCAAGAUUAAGAUCACGUAUUCGAAUACAAGAUGGUCGCGCAAAACCCAUUGAUCUUCUUGCUAAAUACAUCAGUGCAGAAGAAGAAGUUGAUGCUGUAGAAAUGCAUGAGCCUUACACUUAUUUACGUGGAUUACAUGUGAAGGAUUUAGAAGACCUCAUUGAAGAUAUUAAAGUUUAUAAAGAAUUAGAACGUGGAAAAAAUUUAGAUUAUUGGAAUGACAUUACAGUAAUUGUUGAGGAUGAACUGCAUAAAUUAAGAAAAUUAGAGAGAUCAGAGUAUGAAGUUGCUGUUGGUAGAAGAGAGGGAAUACAUGAAUCAGUUGCUAAAGAUGUAACUGCUAUUUUUAAAGGAAAAACAGCAGCGCAAUUAGAAGCCUUGCAAUUACAAAUUGAAGCAAAAAUUACAGGAAAACCUGAAGGUGUUGAUAUAGGAUAUUGGGAAAGUCUUUUAUCCCAACUCAAAGCGCAUAUGGCGAGAGCACGGUUAAGAGAUCGACACCAAGAAAAUUUGCGUAAAAAAUUGGAAGUUUUAAUUGCCGAACAAGGUGUGGCUAGAACGGAAAAUGAAACGGAGAGUUCACAAGCAGUUGGUGAGCAGUCAGAAAAACAAGAAGAGCAAACUACCAGUGCAGUUGCAGAAAAAAGUGAAGAAAGUCAGUCAGACGAUGAUCAAGAAGUUAGUAAUGCAGCUGAUGAUCUUUUGUCAGAGUCUUUCUGUGAAUAUGAAUCAGGAGGCUAUUCCCCAAAAUAUAUACCUUAUUCUCAACUUGAACCAGGAACUCUAGUAACUUUGGAAGAGGAUGACAAUCAGCGAUUAGAAUAUGCAAGAAAUCAAGUACUCAGUACGGGUCGCAAAAUUCAGAAUGUUAUGACUGUUGAAGAACAAGCAAUGCAUAGAGAAGCACGGAAGAAUAUGAGCUCUGACGAAGCACAAUUUAGCGUUGAAUCAUCUUUAGAAGCACAAAUUUAUCUUUGGUCUGAUAAAUAUAGGCCCAGAAAACCAAGAUAUUUCAAUCGCGUUCAUACUGGUUUUGAAUGGAAUAAAUAUAAUCAAACUCAUUAUGAUAUGGAUAAUCCACCACCAAAAAUCGUUCAAGGGUAUAAAUUUAAUAUAUUUUAUCCAGACCUAAUAGAUAAAAACACAACUCCUGAAUAUUUCUUGAAUGGGAAUAUUCAUAUAAACGUGGAUUUAGAUGCCAAUUCCAUAAUAACAUUUUCCAGUUGUGGUUUCACUUCAAGCGUUAUCGAUACCGACGAUAAUAGAAAGGAAAGCAGCGAGGGAAAUCAAAGACACCGGAUACAAGCACCUGGCCACCGAAGAUGAAACGUAAUGUUUCACUGCACAACGAACCGGAAAGACCAAAGACUGCGAAUCUGGAGAAACCAAGUGUGCUAGAUCCCGAUCUCGUUGACAAGCUAGACAUGUCUCUUCUCAGCAAGGAGUUGCUUGUUGACUCGAUGAUGCGAUUUCGUUUGGCAAAAGCAAUUAGUGGGGGUACGUCGUCGUUUCCUUCGUCGUCAAGGUACCGACAAAACAUUAUCGGUGUCGACCGGCAACGACAAUGUAGCCCGGCAUCGAAUGGUGAGUCGACGUGGUGCAGGGGUCCCUUCUCCAUACGUCACAAACGACAUAGCUACGAACAAAUUCUUGACUCGAGGCUUGGUCAUAUCGACGUGUCUCUGGUAUCAUCUAGGAUGCAGAAGCAAGCGCGCGUUAAUGGACAGGAUGCGGUUCCUACGAAGAAGAGUUUGGAUAAUGCAAAACUGGAUGACAAUAACAAUAGAAAUGGAACAGCCAGCCAUAAGGUACUCUCCUUGUCGACGUUGAAGAAGAAGAGUUCAAGACCCAUCAUACAAAACGAUCUGGAGGUGUUUACAGCCUCUUCAACGAAGAGCGCUCCGGAACCUUGCAAAAGCUGCGGAAAACCAGAUCAACCGGAGCGGUUUCACAGCCAUCCGAAGAGCAGUCAACUCAAGCCGAAGGACAAUCCUAUGAAUUCGAAAUCGAAGACAGCGGUACCGAAGACCGUUCAGAAACCUGUUGCUCUGAAUUUUCGUAGUGAUAAGAACAAAAACAAAGUGGAGGAAAUAAUUGCUCAGAAUCAUUCAAGCAACCUGCAUGAAAAAUCUAAUGCAUCGAAUGCACCUUCGUCAGCGCAAAUUAAGAAGGGACCAAGGACCAUUACUUGUUACAUAUGUGGCCGGGAAUUUGGUACUGCCAGCUUUCCUAUUCACGAGCCCAGGUGCAUGCAGAAGUGGGAGCGAGAGAAUAAUUCUUUGCCCGUGAACCAAAGACGUGCAACACCUCAGAAGCCCGACACUGCCAUCAAUCAUUCGGAAUGGAAUGCAAUAGCAUGGGAAGAAAGCCAGAAUAUCGAACCAGAGAAAAUAGAAAGUUUGCUUAGUGAAAAGUCUCCCAACACGUCACGAGCAGGGCCUCCUAUGGUUACUUGUCAAUCAUGUGGCAAAAACUUCGGCACGAAGAGUAUAAAAAUACACGAGCCUCAAUGUAUAAAGCGAAUGCAAGUAGAAAAGAAUAAACGGGCAGCACAGUCACGAAAAAAGGAUACGAUCCGACAACAGAGAUCAGAAAUAAUGAUCGUGCAAGAGAAUCUAAGCAGCCCAACGGGGGAUAAUACACAAAAGAAGACGAUCACAUGCUACAUAUGUGGCAAAGAUUUCGGAUCCACUAGUAUAGCCAUUCACGAGCCACAAUGCUUGAAAAAAUGGCAUGUGGAGAAUCAAAAAUUGCCGCUAGGUCAAAGGAGGAAGGAGCCAGAGAGACCUGAAAUUACCUACACUCGUGAUUCAGAAACAGGAGAUAUGACAAUUGACUUGGCCGCAAUGGCUGAGGCUAGUUGGAAAUCUCACUUGAGUCAAUUGGUCCCGUGUAAACACUGUGGAAGGACUUUCAAUCCUGACCGUGUGAGCGUUCACGAGCGAAGCUGCAAAGGGAUUCACCGAAUGUCACCUGGGUUCGGAAAAAUUGAAAACUGGCGGAUUACUUGGGAUUGCGCAACUCUCUUUGAAGAUAAAUUUUGAGGCUCGCGAUGGAUAUGCCGGGGUUAAAAUCUCUGAAGGUUCAGCAAAAAUUCUGACGAAAUAUUCCUGAAAAAUUUUCCGACACAAAGCUUCAGAGUUACGCUAUGUUCGAAGUUCAAAUAUGUUCGUCUCUUGUCCAAGAGGCAACGUGUCAUGGAGCUUUAGACUCUUGAUACGAAUCUAGCAGCAUGUUCUCGGAACAUCGUGAGUCUUCAAGAAAUGUUCUCGACAGUUUCUGGUGAAUUGGAAUAUGAUCCUCGAGUAUUGUACAGAGAAACACGUUGAAUACCUCGCACACUGCAUAUAGAAAAGAGGAAGUUGUGACACUUUAAGAACUUUUCUAAUACAAAAAGUGCCUAUACGGGAAUGUAAUUCUCUUUAUUCUAAAUAAUAUUGAUCAUAUUUGUCAAGAUUUGUGAAGCUUUGAUUGCAAUAUGGUCAGUAUGAAAAUCAUUUUACCUUUACCUAAAGUAAAAAUUAUUUUUUAAAAUUCUAUAUUCCAUAUUUUAGAACAUUGAGAGAAUAUUCAAAAUGUAAUAUAUUUAAUAUCAGAGUUAAAAAAUAAUGUUAUUUUAUAUUUUUAAAAUUUCAAUCGGUAUGUCGUAAGUUUAUGUGUUAGAUGUACGUAUCUAGUGUUCAUAAAAUUUUUUAUUUGUUACAGGUGAAUUUUACGGUGGACGAGA